GAAAAUCAGUGAUAGAAGUAUAUGCAUAAGCACAAUAAAAUGCAUAAUGCAAGACCUCAUCGAAAAAAUACUAAAUAAGUUUACUAAUGAAUUUCGUGCAAAUACAACAUUGUUUUUAUUCAUAUUUUUAAUAAUUUUAAAUAAAAGUUACCAAACUGUCAAUACGGACUCGAGAUACAUCGACACCGAAAAGAAUACAUUCGAAUAUGCAUACUCAGUCGAUCAUCCAUCAUCAGGUGUCUUCAUGCACACAUGGGCAAGAGGAGAAAAAAAUAAUAACGACGAUUUCGUUACAGGAGGAUAUUCGUUGAUGGAACCCGGUGGAAAUGUGAGAUCCGUCCACUACGAAGUAGAUGGCGAAAAAGGCUUCAAGGCAGUGGUUCUGUACAGACAACCAGGAUCUUAUAUGAGGCAAAACAUCUACAACAUUCCGGUGAAACCUCGGAAACCGAUUCAUCACAAAAGUCUCAUUGCCAAAUUAAUACAAUAA